UGAGCCCAUCUCCUGUUUCUCUCGCAGUGACAACAAGAGAGGCAGGCGGCGGCGGAAGCCGAGGGGAAGGAGUAUCCCGGUCAGGUUUGGGCGGCUCAGGUGGUCGCCAUGGCGUAGCCGAGCCUGGUCUGCACUUGGUCAACCACGCCCCACAGUGGGGCGGGAUCGUUUCUUCAGAGAGAGGCAAACGUACUGCAGAAUUGUCAUAACAAUGGAGUUGAUGUUAAAUAAAUUGAAGAGCACUGUUACAAAAGUGACUGCAGAUGUCACAAGUGCGGUUAUGGGAAAUCCUGUAACCAGGGAAUUUGAUGUUGGUCGGCACAUUGCUAGUGGUGGCAACAAACUUGCUUGGAAAAUUUUUAAUGGCUUUAAAAAGUCAACAAAACAGGAAGUGGCAGUCUUUGUAUUUGAUAAAAAAAUUAUGGAUAAAUAUCAGAAAUUUGAGAAGGAUCAAAUUAUUGAUUGCUUAAAACGUGGAGUUCAGCAGUUGACAAGACUUCGACAUCCUCGGCUGCUAACUGUGCAGCAUCCACUAGAAGAAUCCCGAGAUUGUCUAGCAUUUUGUACAGAACCAGUUAGUGCAAGUUUGGCUAAUAUACUGGGUAACUGGGAGAAUCUUCCUUCACCCUUACCAUCUGACAUCAAAGAUUAUAACUUGUAUGAUGUGGAAACAAAAUAUGGCUUACUUCAGGUUUCAGAAGGCUUGUCAUUUCUACACAGCAGCGUGAAAAUGGUCCAUGGCAACCUUACUCCUGAAAACAUAAUUUUAAAUAAAAGUGGUGCGUGGAAAAUUAUGGGAUUUGACUUCUGCAUUCAAUCAAUAAAUCCAUCUGAACAAGAGCCCAAAUUCUCUUCUAAAGAAUGGGAUCCAAAUUUACCAUCUUUGUGUCUUCCAAAUCCUCAAUAUUUGGCACCAGAAUACAUCCUUUCAGUAAGCUGCGAAACAGCUAGUGACAUGUAUUCUCUAGGGGCAAUUAUAUAUGCUAUAUUUAAUAAUGGGAAGUCAAUUUUUGAGAUCAACAAACAAGAUAUAUAUAAAAGCUUCAGCAGACAGCUGGAUCAGCUUAGUCGGUUGAAUUCCAGUAAUCUUCAGAACAUCCCAGAUGAUGUCCGUGAACAUGUGAAACUGUUGUUAAAUGUCACUCCUGCAGUCAGACCAGAUGCAGACCAAAUGACUAAAAUACCAUUCUUUGAUAAUGUUGGGGCUAUGACAUUACAGUACUUUGAUUCUUUAUUUCAAAGGGAUAAUCUUCAAAAAUCACAGUUUUUCAAAGGGCUGCCAAAGGUUUUACCAAAACUACCUAAGCGUGUUAUAGUGCAAAGAAUUUUGCCUUGCUUAACAUCUGAAUUUGUAAAUCCAGACAUGGUACCUUUUGUUCUGCCUAAUGUUCUGCUCAUUGCGGAGGAAUGUACCAAAGAAGAAUACAUUAAACUAAUUCUACCUGACCUCAGCCCUGUCUUUAGACAACAGGAACCAAUCCAGAUUCUCUUGAUAUUUCUUCAAAAAAUGGAUCUACUGCUAACCAAAACACCUCCAGAUGAAAUAAAGAACAGUGUUCUGCCAAUGGUUUAUAGAGCCUUAGAAGCACCAUCAAUUCAAAUACAGGAACUCUGUUUAAAUAUAAUUCCCACAUUUGCCAACCUUAUAGACUAUCCAUCAAUGAAAAAUUCAUUGAUACCAAGAAUUAAAAAUGCAUGUUUACAAACUUCAUCUCUUGCUGUGCGUGUAAAUUCUUUAGUCUGCUUGGGAAAAAUUUUGGAAUACCUGGAUAAAUGGUUUGUUCUUGAUGAUAUUCUGCCUUUUUUGCAACAAAUUCCUUCCAAAGAACCUGCAGUCCUUAUGGGAAUCUUAGGCAUUUACAAAUGUACAUUUAGUCACAAAAAGCUGGGAAUUACAAAAGAACAACUUGCAGGAAAGGUGCUCCCACAUCUGAUUCCUCUUAGCAUUGAGAACAAUCUUAAUCUAAAUCAGUUUAAUUCCUUUAUUUCAGUCAUAAAAGAGAUGUUAAAUAAAUUGGAAUCUGAACACAAGACCAAACUUGAACAAAUCCAUGUUAUGCAGGAACAACAAAAAUCUUUGGAUAUAACUAAUCAAAUGAAACCACUUGAAGAAACAAAAAUCAGCAACAUAGGCAAUCAAGUGGACAAAACGUUUAGCAAUCUAGGAAUGUUAACUAGCGGACCUGAUUGUAAAGAGAAUGGAAUGAUGACAAAUCAAAGAAAGGGGUCACUUACACUUGAAGAAAAGCAGAAGUUAGCAAAGGAACAGGAACAAGCACAAAAACUGAAAAACCAACAGCCACUUAAACCCCAGCCUCAUGCAAUUAUUGCACCAGUGAAACAGACGAAGGACUUGACUGAUACUCUGAGAGAUAACAUAGCUUCAUUGACCACUCAACCCAUCAACAAACCUAAAGUUCCUUCUUCAACUAGCUUUUCUUCAGUUGGUAUUGGAAUGGGAUUUUCAUCAUCUGUUGAAAACACGAAGAGAAAUGGACUAAAUGCUAAUAUGGGGUUUCAGCCCUCUGGAUUUGGCAUGGGGAUUGGUACCACAAGCCAGAAUUUCUUUGGUAAUACUGGGGUCACUGGAAUGGCUAACAUGAAUAUGUUGCCAACAGCAAACAUGCCAUCUUAUAGCUCUUUGAACACUACUUCGCCAGCUGUGCAGCAAAGCAGACCACCUGAUAUGUCUUCUUUAGAUAGCCUAUUUGGGUCUCAAAAACCCAAAGUUAGUAUGAAUCAGUUGUCACAACAGAAAACAAACCAAUGGCUUAAUCAAUUUACACCUCCUCAGGGUACCAACAGUUGUCCUUUGGGAACACAGAUGAAUGUAAUGGGACAAACUGGCUUUGGCUUACAGGGAAAUCCUUUCUUUAAUCCUCAGAACUUUACACAACCAACAAACAGCAUAGUAAACAGCAGCUCAGCUAGCAAGGACUUAAAUGACCUCUUUGGAUAAUAGUUGUAAUUGUGAGCAUUUUAUGCCUGUUAAAAAGCUGAUUUGGGUAAAUUUGAUAUAAUGAAAUGAACAUGAAUAUAUUUCCACAUUAAUAUAUUUCAUUUGUCUAUCUGUUUUACUUUUCUUAAGUAAUUACAAGCCUCUGUCCCUAAUUUCAUUGUUUUUAAAUCAGGUUGUAUCAAUCUGAGCACCCAGAGUUAUGAUUAAUAAAUAAAGACUGCAUGCCUACCAGUUUUAGGCAUUUAUAUGCUGGUUGUUCUUGCUAUCUUCUACUGGUAAAUAUGGUCAGAUAAUUUACUCCCAGUUGCAAAUGCACAAGACCUGAAAAUGUGUGGACUAAGUGAGAUGGACUAGGUAGUAAUGUAGGAUUUCAGCCUUCUGGAGUUGGCAUGGAAAUUGUUACAUAAGCCAGGAUUUCUUUAGUAUUGUUAGUUUCAUACUAUAUCACCUGUUAUACAGCAGACCAAUUGUUACAUUUCCUUUCGAUAUCCUAAUUACUGUAUAUUUGUACAAAUACAAGCAAAUGAUUUAUCACCAAUCCAGGAUCCAGCAUAUGCAUCUGAAGUAUGUGCUACACCUAGGCUUUUGAAUUUUGCUCUGUCUGAAUUUGAUAUGACAUCUAGUUAGAAAUAAAAAUGACUUGUGGUUGAACGUAUUAAUAUUGUAUUUCUGGGAAAAUAUGAGAGCUCUGAUAGGUGUACAAAAUCACAAUUAUUUACCCUACAGCAUUCUUCCCCAAUAGAGAGUGUUUUGAAAAUAUUUGUAGAAUAGCAGUCUUCUACAUUGAAAAAUAUUGCAAACUAUGAAUGCUCUGAUUUACCUCUUAAUACCUAAUGUCUGCCCAACCAAAGCAUUUACAUUUUUGGCAUAAAUUUUAAAAAUGUUAUAUAAAAAACUUAAUUUUAUCACUUGUUAUAUUUAACAUCCAAACAUUAAAAUAAUUAGUUGCAUAUUGAUGAACAGAAGUCAAUUGAGCAGCAAAGCUGGUAAUUUUUCUGGAUACUUAAAAUGCAAGCAGUACGUCUUCAGAUAAAUAUUUGUUAAGGAAUCAGAUUUGAUUGCCAUUGGCCUUGAUGUUUCUUCAGGUUUAAGUAGCAGAGCUUUAAAUAAGACAAUGUUAUUUAUUGAAAUGUAUUUUUUCCUCAUUGAGGCCCUGUCAGAAUAUAUAAGAAGAAUAAACUUUUACCCUCAACUUGGAGAAAACAAUCAGCUUUCAUCUGAAUACAGUUCUCAGUGUAAAAGCUUUAUUUCAGUAAAAACCAAUAGUAAAUUCUGCUUUAUAGCGGGAAAGGGAAGUCCCCCCCCCCCCCCCCCCCAUUAUUUCUUUCCCAGAACGUUGGUGAGUUUCAUACACAAUUCUUUGGAAUGUAGCAAAUUAUAUUGAGAAGAUGUGUAACCUUUUUGUUGGAAAGAAAGCUAACACUUUAUUUUCAGUACCUUUCAUUGAUGAAACUUUCCAUUUGCUGCUUAAGAAACCAAAGGUGCUUAUGCUGUGAAUGUGAACUGAAUUUUCUUAAAUUAUAUUUUCAUUAUAAACAGUAAUGGUGUUAAAUAUAUCUUAAGGACUUGCUUUAUUUUUCUGUCUUAGUACUUUUAUUUUGUAUCUUUGGACCAGUGAUAAUAUUAUUUAUCACAAAAAAAACCACCUGUGCUAUUUAUAUACAGUCAAUAUUUUGUUGAGGUAUGUUUAAUUCGCCACAUGUGUAAAAUUAUGAAUGCUAAAUCUACAGUUCUUUGUAUAGUUCCAGGUUUCUUUAAAUUUCUUAUUUAUGGCCUAGAAGGAUUUCCCAAAUGUUAAAAGAAUUUUUUAAAAAGAUAAAUAUAUUGAAGAUACAAGUUUCCUAUAAUAUAUGAAAACAAACUUUUACAAAAAAAAUAUAAAAUACCAGUAUAUCUUUACAAUGCUGUUGUCUGUUAAAAAUAUAGCUUUUAUAAUGUAAUCUGAAUUUCUUAAAAUAGCUAUAGAAAAUGUUUGUUUUGGCUUCACCCCACUAAUAAAAACUUGCAUUCCACUGGAACUUGUAGAGCUUUGAUAGUAACUAAUGAUAAGAAUUUUUACUGUUCUUUUGUACAGUGGAAAUUUCAUUUAAUGUAAGACUAUACAUGGAAGAGGGAGCCUUCAGGCCUCAGUGGUAUAAAAGUUCUUGAAGCAUUUUUAUACAUGGCCAAUAUCAUAGUAACUUUAUAACCAAAUAUUAUACCUAGCUUUCAUAAGACACACACAUACAAAAAGAAAUAUGACAUAUGAAUAGUUUGCUAUCUACCGUACUAUAACUGUUUAAUAAAGGUUACUUGUUUUCAAAAUAGUAAACAACCUUAAUUUCAAAGAAAACACUUCACUGAUUUACUGAAAAAAGAAUAUUUGUUCAGUCUUUUCUAUGAGUGUACAUUUAAAACUAAUUUAGAUACAAUGACCCUUGAUUUAUUAUUGGGCUUUUUAAAACAUAUUUUGGCCUGUGAAUAGAUACAACUGCCCUUAUAGCAGAUUACUUUUUUCUUUUACAGUGAAUCAAACAAAUGAAUUGCUACCAUCUUAAGAAGAUGCUUGGAUUAUAUCAGAGAUAUUAUGUUGUCAACCUUUAAUGAAUAUUAACACAAGCAUGGAAUUUAAAAAGACAUUUAAAGUUGAGAAGCAUUUUUUUUCCUUCAGGAAAUACUUCAUCAAUUCUUUUUAAAAAAUGAUUUCAUUAAUCAGAAUAAAAUCAAGUUUUGUUUUUAAAAAUGGUUUCAGAAGUUCAGAAGGCAAAUAUUUUUAGAUAACACCAAUUUUGAUCUCAUUAAGUAGGAUCAAGUUCUAUCUACUAAGCUAAAUAAAACAGGCCACUGAGCCGCAGCCAUAAGAAAUUAUCUUUGCAAAAGAAGAGAACUAGUCUAAUGGAUGCUGAUCUCUCUCAGAAAAGUUAGAGUAGUAAAAUUAAAGUAACAUAAAAUAUUUAAGUAAACAUUUCAAUUCUCAUGUUUUUACUGAACUUAAAAUUAUAAAAUUCAUUUUUUUCCUUCUGUAGCAAUUCUGUGUUUUAUGUUUAAAGCAGAAGGUAUAUCGAUGGAUUUGCUGAAUCGGAUAAACAAGUUUCUUUUAAAGUACAUCCAAUAUUUUGGUCUUAUUAUAGUGAAAUAAAUCUACUAAACAUAUAUACUAUAAUGAAGGCUUCUGAUAUUUGAUUUCUGUACAGUGAUGUGUGACACACUUAUAGUUUUCCAUAGGGGUGAUCCAUAUAAAAAAUAUUGCUUAUACCUGUUAAUGUUAUGGCUACAUCAGUCUAAUGUAACCAACAAAAGGCCAAUACAAUAUUUAAAAUAAAAUAAUACUCUAAUGGCAUACUUCCAAUUCGACUUUGUGGAUAUUUUCUAAAUAUUGAUCUGCUUGUGUAGCACAAGAUUUUAAAAAAUAAUUUUCAAAACAUAUUUCGCAAUCCUACAAAUAUUAAGCUUUUGUUUGUGUAAUAUAUAAUGAUUCAUUGUGUGAUUCAUUAUCCUGAACUCAAAACCAUUGUAUAUAAUAAAUAAGAAUUAUUAGUCUAGGAUUGCUCCUAAACUUUCUUGGAUUUCAAUCAACUUCUUAAAAAUAUACAAGUUCCUUAUAUGUGUUUUUAUAGAGAGAGAGAAAGAGAGAGGACUCAGGCCUGAUUGAAAUUAUUUGAUAGUUAAUUGUUCAGUCUUUAUUUAAGCAUUAAUUUCUAUGUUUAAAAUGAUAUAGCACUCAAAUUCUUAUGUGUAAAAUGAUAUUACUCUAGUUCAUUGUGGUUUGUAUGAGAUAAAUAUUUGGAACAUGAAAUUCUAUUUUGAUUUAUUGAACCUUUGCUGUUCUUGGAAACAAAUCUAUUGAUAUCAAAUUUUAAAACUGUUAACUCUUAAAUAUGUAAAAUGUACAGUGAUAUAAGAAAUUCCUACCAUUUUGUACUGUGAAUGAAUAACUGUAGUUUUCAAAUAGUCAAUGAUACUGCUUUAUUGGAAUAAAGGUUUUGUGUUUUUUCCAUA